GUCCCUCCUGUCUGGGCGCCCCGCCCGCCCCCGCACAGACCGUCACCUGCGCCAGAGUCGCGGGCCGCUGCCGAGCGCUCGGAAUCGGUGCACCGGACUUCGCUUCGCUCCAGCCCGACAACCCAGCCACGGACCGGGCCGCCUGCGCCCUUGAGGCUGUUCCGCCCUAACGAAAUCUGCUGGUUUGAGCUUUGGCUAAAUCGGUUCCGCGCGUGCCAGUGCCAGACAAGCGGAGCCAGGGUUAGAUUGGUGCAAACCCCUAAUAAAGCUGCAUUUAACCAGUUGAACUAGAUUAACUAGAUCAACUGACGGUGCAGCUCUUCCGGGCUAGCCCAGGACGCAGUGUCACAGGUUUUCUUGCUUUAAAAGACCCAGGAAGUUGUAUUUGAAGCGUUCUGAACCUUGCCAUGAAAGCUGUGUGUGUGUGGAGACUUCCGGAGACUGGACUCAAAAGGAAAGUGGAAUCUGAGCACAACCUCGGGGAGUCUAGUGCUGAAAAGAAACUGUCCUAUAACCUCCUCAUGAAACCUCAACGCCUGGACCUGGUCUCGAGGUUUGUGAAAGAAAACAAGGGCAGAAUCAUUCCAUUUGAGAAGCAGCAAGACUUUCAGCUGCGCAUUUGUGACCUGGACGAGACGUUCUAUGCAGGGCAGUCGGACAUGCUGGAAGACUGGGAAGUGCUUUACCUGCCGAAGCCUGUGAAGAUGGAGAUUCUUGGCAUCGUGGAUGAUGUGCCAUGUCUGGCCACUGGACAACAGCUGGUUAUCCUUGUUGCAGACAACGGCAGCGUUUAUGCAUACGAAGAGGAGUUGUUGCACAGAGUUGGCAAGACCUUACAGGAGUUUUUAAGAGACGGGCUAUGGCUCUUCGGACAGGAAGUCUAUGCAUGUGCAAAGGACCUGGAGCCUAAUAGUGAAGAGGAGUGGGUGAAGGACCCAGAGAUCAAGCAAAUCAGGCAGAGCACCAGAGACUUCAUCAAGAGUAAAGAAGAGGCGUUUGGGAAGCACCUGGAUUUCCUUAGCAAUCUGUGAUAUUUCUAGUCUUGUAGACCAUUCUUGGGGCGAGGUGUGGAGCCCACCUGAGAUACGGCCCAGCAGCAGCAGAGAGAGGAGAGAACCUGAGGGAACCGUUUUUGCAGGGAGAAUAUCUUGGGUCUCCUGCUCAUGGCAAAUUUAUGUCUUAUUACAGAAACAAUGUUGCUGGUUUUCCUGGGCCUGCCAUGGUUUGGCUGGCUGUGAUUUGCAGGACUU